AUAAAGAAAUGAAAAAUCCAAGUUCACCCUAAAUAACAAUAACAAAACCCUAAAGCCCCGACCUUGGCUGCAUUUGUUCGUCUCCGCUCCGCCUCCUCGACCGCUACCGCUGCCACUACGACUACCACUACCAGAGCUCUCACACCAGAAGCAGAAAAUGCCUUUCAAGAGGUACGUCGAGAUCGGAAGGGUGGCUCUCGUCAACUACGGAGAGGACUACGGGAAGCUCGUCGUCAUCGUCGAUGUCCUUGACCAGAACAGGGCUCUGGUUGAUGCCCCUGAUAUGGUGAGGUCCCAAAUGAAUUUCAAGAGACUUUCUCUCACUGAUAUCAAAAUCGACAUCAAGAGGGUCCCCAAGAAGAAGGAACUGCUUGCUGCCAUGGAGGCCGCUGAUGUGAAGAAGAAGUGGGAGAACAGUUCAUGGGGUAGAAAACUGAUUGUUCAGAAGAGAAGGGCGGCUCUUAAUGACUUUGAUCGGUUCAAGCUCAUGCUGGCUAAGAUUAAGAAAGCUGGGCUUGUCAGGAAUGAGCUUGCGAAACUGAAGAAGCAGAGUGCAGCUUAGGCAAUAUUUUUAGUUUACAAUUUUAUCGUGGAUUUUGUUUUCGAAACUGUAUCGGAUCAAUUUUAGAUUUUCAGAUUUUUUUCCAUUUCUAAUAUCAUUGACACUAUGGUUUGAUAUAUAGAUCUUCAGUUUCUUGUA